GAAGCUUUUAGCUUUUAGCCUUUCUUCUUCCUUGUUCUUGUCUCCAAAAUUGAGAUAGAUUCAACCAAUUCUCGAUUUCUCCUAGUAAAUUUUUAUCCUGAAUCCGCCACCACUAGCUUAACAAUUCUUGUUUCCCUAAUACCAGUUUUUUCUUUCAUCUCUUUCCACACUGUAUUGUUUUUCUAUUCCACAUCUAGGGCUACAAUUUUGAAUCGAUAUCCAGAAAAAUUUAGUCUUUAUAAUCUUUUUUUGCAUGAAUUUCGUUGGGGGUUUCUCACAAUUAUGAACCAUGGAAGUUUCUUGUAUCAUAUCGAUUGAAAGAUCCAAGGAUUUGGGGUUGGUCAAUCCGAAGAACACAUCAUAGAUGCAGAUUCACAGCGUGUUGAUAUAUAGAGAAUGAAAUCUGUUCAAUUUAAAUUGAACAUUUCUUAUCCUCGUCGCCCUUAUACGGUAGCUGGGCAUUGAUUUUGUUGUUGUCCAAUAUUAGUGCUUUGUUCUAUUUUAAUUUGGAAAUGUCAUAUUUGUUUACGUUGAUUCAAAUUUGUGCAUAUAAUUGUGAACUCACCUACUAGAUGAAAUUAGAAACUUCGCCUAUUCUCAAUUUCGAUCUGAUUAUACUCAUUUUUGUAUUAGGAUUUUUGUGAUAUAUUUUGAAGUAAUUUCAGUUUAGCAACUCUAUUGGAUUUAGAAUGAAAGCAGACCUUUUUGUUUUGUUGAGUUGUGUAGAGGGGUUAAAUGGUGACCGUCAAACCAUACCCAUCCAGGAGAAGUUGCAUUUGGCGAAUCCGUAAUGGGACAGGGCCACAGGGGGUAUGGCAGCUAAAGUAAAAGCUGUUGGGCACACAGCUUCUGCAGGCAUCUCUUUCAUUAUUACCAGAGAGGUUAUAUUGUUGACUAUCAAACCAUACCCAUCCAGCAGAAGUUGCAUUUCGGCGAAUUCAGAAUGGGACAGGGCAACAAAGGAAAUGGCUGCUAAAGUAAAAUCUGUUGUGUACACAGCUUCUGCAGGCAUCCCUGUCAAUAUUACAAGAUCCAAAGUUUUGCUGAUUCAGAAAAUGGUGGUUUUGUCAUCAAUGACUUCAGAUAUUCUUAUCUGAGUCGUGUCUCGUGAUGCCGCAACUUGCAUCAACAAACAAUGCGGUUAUGGAUUAACCGAGCACAACAAGAUUUUUGAGCAAGCUAGUGCCUCUGUUUUCUUCCAUUUCAGUUGAAGAGUAAACUUAUGAUGGUCUUUGUUAUAGUGUCUGAGUAUAUCCCCAGGUUAAGAGGACAAGGGAUGGUCUUUGUUGUUGCGCAUCAACAAAGACUUCUCCUAACUCCGCCAAACCAAUUCCUUCGGCAAUAAAGCAGUGAAGCUCAAGCGUUCUAUUUUUCUUAGCUUCCUAAGCUUCCUCGACAUGGAACUAAGAUGAAAACAAAGAUGCCAUCAGUUUUGGUGGUGCUAAUGAUCUUCGGUGUGCUUUUUAUCGACCAAAAGUAGGAGUCUGUUUAGUGGUUGAAGAUGGGGACCGUAAUAACACAACACAAUGGCUUUCAUAAAAAGAUUUAUAUGUUGCUGCUGAAAGUGCAACCUGAGGUUGAAGGAUUUGAUGAGGCAGCUCAGAGACAGAGUGAGAACUUUUAUUUGUAUGUGGCCAUUUUUUUUUAUCUGUAUCUUUAUGAUAAUCCUUCAUUUAUUCGAAGUGCCUCCUUAUACCUUAAUCAAGGGAUGGGCGAAGUUGCACUUUGCAGUCAUGGCUGAUUUAGAUACCAUGUCCUAUCUGGGUUGAAGUUUCCCGGAUAGUGGGGGUACUCGUGGCCUAGCUCUUUCCACUUUCCGAAUUACAGAUGAAUUAUUGAAGCUGUAGCUCUAAAAACUGUUCUUAGAACAGGCUAUAAUUCGGGUAGAUCUGCACUGUGGUAGGUCCAUGUGACCAUGUCAAAAGGAACAUAUGGGACUUCCUCAAUGGUCAGGCAGACAUGUGAUCAAGUAAUUUUAAAGGAAGAUGUAGUUCUUUGUUGAAACAUUACAAUCUAUUGAUUAAUGUCUCGGUCAAUCAUAAGGAUUCUUUAGUCUAAUUCUUCUGAAUGUGCUCUGAAUUUGUCAAAGUCUUACUAAUAGUAGGACUACCACCAGUCGAGUCAUUUUCAUAGACUCCCAUCUUCUUCCUUUCCACUACAUGUGGAAGGAAUAUUUUUUGGAAUAUUUUUUUGUCUCUGAACUUCAUCAAUCUAUCCUCAAUCUACAUCGAUCGAAGUAGAAAAUUCUGUUCAAUUUCUGAUCAUGUUCUUCAAGUUUGCCAUUCUAUUUUUCUUUCUUAUUGCAAAUUUUGCAGCUUCAGAAGAUCUUGGUUUUGUUUACAAUGGGUUUAAAAAUGCUCCUAAUUUGAGUCUUGAUGGUGUAGCAGAUAUCACAGAGAAUGGUCUGUUAAGGCUAACUAAUGACACCAAGCAGCGAACUGGUCAUGCCUUCUACUCCGACCAACUACGGUUCAAGAUUGCCAACAAAAACAGUAUGGUUUCAUUUUCUACUUCUUUUGCUUUUGCGAUUGUUUCAGAAUAUCGUGAUUUAAGUGGUCAUGGAAUUGCUUUUGUGGUUGCACCUCAUAGAGAGUUCCCAGGAGCUUUACCAAGCCAAUAUCUAGGACUUUUUAAUGAAUCCACAAAUGGAAAUAUUACGAACCAUGUCGUUGCUGUGGAACUAGAUACUAUUGAAAAUUCUGAAUUCGAUAUCAAUAAUAACCAUGUGGGUAUCGAUAUCAAUGAUUUAAAAUCUGUUAAAUCUUCAUCUGCUAUGUACUUCACCAGUAAUGGAAAUUCUAAAAAUCUGAGUCUUAUAAGUGGGCAACCCAUGUUAGUUUGGAUAGAAUAUGAUGGUUUGAAGAAGCAGCUGAAUGUCACAUUAGCUCCCAUUAAGAUUCCUAAGCCAGAUAUUCCCUUAUUGUCUUUAUCUCAAGAUCUUUCGGCCAUAGUUAAUGACUCCAUGUAUGUCGGUUUCUCUUCGUCUACUGGAUCGGUAUUAACAUCUCAUUACAUAUUAGGAUGGAGUUUUCAGAUAAACGGUGAAGCUCAAGCAAUUGAUAUUUCUAGACUUCCUAAGCUCCCUAGGCGAGGUCCUAAGAAAAAAUCAAAGAUGUUAUCAAUUGGGUUGCCGAUAGUUGUUCCAUUUUUCGUGUUGGUAAUGGUUUUCGGUGUGUUUUUUAUCAUAAGAAGGAAGAGGAAAUUUGCUGAGCUGAUUGAAGAUUGGGAGCUUAACUAUGUAACACAGAGAUUUUCGUACAAAGAUUUAUACAUUGCCACCAAAGGGUUUAAGGAGAAAGAGGUACUGGGUAUCGGCGGCUUCGGCAAGGUUUACAAAGGUGUACUACCUGGUUCUAAAAUUCAAAUUGCUGUGAAAAAAGUGUCCCAUGAUUCAAGACAAGGUAUAAGAGAAUUCAUUGCUGAAAUUGUAAGUAUUGGCCAACUUCGGCACCGAAAUCUAGUACAAUUAUUGGGUUAUUGCCGACGUCAAGGAGAGCUCCUUUUGGUCUAUGAUUACAUGCCCAAUGGAAGUCUAGACAGGUUUGUCUUUCGUUCUUCAAAUUCAGCCUCCUCCUGUUCAUCGUCACCACCAGUUCUUAAUUGGACUCAAAGAUUUCAAAUCAUCAAAGGAGUAGCCUCAGGACUAUUCUAUCUCCAUGAAGGAUGGGAACAAGUUGUCAUUCACAGAGACAUCAAAGCCAGUAAUGUUCUAUUAGACGCUGAAAUGAAUGCAAGAGUAGGCGAUUUCGGUCUGGCAAGAUUAUACGACCGUGGAACCAAUCCGCAAACAACAAAUGUGGUCGGAACAUUGGGCUACAUAGCACCUGAACUAACUAGAACCGGAAAAGCGACAACGAGCACUGACGUUUUCGGUUUCGGAGCAUUCUUGCUUGAAGUUGGUUGCGGCAGGAGACCCAUAGAGUUACAAAAAUCAGAAACAGAAGAAGAAGGUGUUAUAUUAGUUGAUUGGGUGUAUUCUUGUUGGAGUAAAGGUGGGAUUUUGCAGACAAGUGAUCCAAAUUUGAAGAAUGAAUAUGAGAUAGAAGAGAUGGAACUGGUACUAAAAUUGGGAUUGCUAUGUUCACAUAAUGAUCCAAAGGCUAGACCAACCAUGAGACAAGUGGUUCAGUACUUGGAAAAAGAUGCACCAUUACCACAAGAUGAAAUGUUGGCCCUUGAAAUUGGAGACAGUAAUCUUGCUACCAAUGUUAUGGUGAUGCGUGGGGAAAGUUGUGAAGAUUUUGCCAUGUCUUAUCCUGGUUCUGUAGAUAAAGUUUAUACUGGAUCAUCUUCUUCUGCCGUUGACUCGCUUCUGUCUGGUUCAAGAAGUUGAACGGUUUGUUUAAGUAUUUUUUUUCUCCAGUCGUAAUUUGGAGGGGGAUCCAAAAUCAGAACCAGUACUUUUUUUAUCCACAAUUUAUGUGUAGAUCCAAAAUGUAAAUUUUUGUGAGUAAUCAACAUACUCGAACUGGUCUUCUUGUGCUCGUUUAUUCCAUGUUGCAAAAUGAAUGUAUAGCACCGAGUCUUGCUUUGUUGAUGA